UUGGUUGUAUUGAUUGGUGCUCAAGUCGGAUCAGACUGGACUUCAGUACUGAAGAAGCGGCAAGAUUUUAGGGAGGCCUUUUCAGGAUUUGAUGCAGAAGUUAUUGCCGGAUACAGUGAAAGGAACAUACUAUCAAUUAGUUCUGAUUAUGGCAUAGAUGUAAGCCAAGUUCGAGCUGCUGUUGACAACGCUAACCGAAUUCUUGAGGUUAGGAAAGAAUUCGGAUCAUUCAACAACUACUUGUGGGGAUUUGUAAACCACAAACCUAUUGUCACUCAGUACAAAUCAUGCAACAAGAUCCCUGUAAAGACCUCAAAAUCCGAAGCCAUCAGCAAAGACAUGGUGAGGAGGGGGUUUAGGUCUGUUGGCCCUACUGUAAUCCACUCAUUGAUGCAAGCAGCUGGUCUCACCAACGACCACUUGAUCACUUGUCCAAGACACCUACAAUGUAUUGCCUUGGCGUCUCAAUUUCCUACGGUAGCCCCAGCUCUGUAGAUUCAUCAAAGAGUUAAACAAAAGAAGCAGAAAAAAUAUUAAGGACAAGAUUAAUAAACGAUGUGCCAUACUUAAUAUAUCAUAGUUAUACAACGAAAGAAGCUUAGUGGUCAUAUAAUUAGCCACUUAGUUAGCUUUCCCAAACUAAAGAUUAAUUGCUUUUUGGAUUGUGAUAAAGUGUGUGUACUUGCUAAAGAUGGCAGUGGUGGGGCCAGAUAUGAGGAAUGGAUUAGGAUGAAGAUUGAAGAGAAAAGCGACGGCAGACAGCAUGUGCAGGUGGGCAGGCAAUGGCUCUUACUUUCCUUGUGAUCCCCAGACAGUCUCCAUUAAUUGCUCCCAUUCAAACUCGAAACUGCCUGAGGAGGAUAUGGCUGGAGGCCUGAUAACCGUAGGGUUGUACUUGUUGGGCUAGCCCUUCUCAUUUGCUCUUCGUAUUGUUAUAUAGUUUGUUAAUGUUGGAAAAAAUUGUGAUAAAAGAAUUAUAAAUAAUUAUUUUAUUAAAAUAUAAGUUUUGAAAA